CUUAACUAACUAAUGUAGCAUCGGGCAGUACAAACAAGACUGAUUAACAACAUAUAUAUAAGAGAGGGCAGCCUUAAUUAAUAGUAAGCUCAAUGCAUGUCAGAUAAGGGGGGAACAAGCGUUUAUUAAGUCGAAGGCGUGGUAAAGAUCAAGAGAUAUUUAAUCUGACGACAAGGUUAUUAACGAUGCUGAAUAUGGCAGCCAUGAUGGGAUGGAGAUCAUCAUCAUCAUCACCAUCAUCACCAUCUUCAGUCCAUGAGAUUAGCCUGCAACUUGGAGCUGGGUGGAGGAAAGGGCCUUGGACUCCCGAGGAGGAUAAGCUGCUCUCUGAGUAUGUCAACUCCCAUGGUGAAGGCAAGUGGAGUUCGGUUGCUCGGUCUUCUGGAUUGAACAGGAGCGGGAAGAGCUGCAGGCUGAGGUGGGUGAACUAUCUGCGGCCAGGGCUUAAGAGGGGGCAAAUCACGCCUCAAGAGGAGGGCAUCAUCAUCGAAUUGCAUGCACUCUGGGGUAACAAGUGGUCGACCAUAGCUCGAUAUCUGCCUGGAAGAACUGAUAACGAGAUUAAGAAUUAUUGGAGGACACACUUCAAGAAGAAGCCGGACAAGACCUCCCACCAUCUGAAGCGAGAAAAGCAGAAAGCUCAAGCGACCCUUCACAAACGGAUGAUCUUUCGCCACCAACAGCAGCAGCAGCAGAAACAACGAGAUCCAUUGCCCAACAUUGACCUCCAUGCAGAUAAUUAUCGGCAGGUAAGGGACAACAGGGGAAUUGGUGAAGACCACAAAGAGAGAGAUCCAGCAGGGCCUUGGGACCCCAUGGUAGAAGAUAAGUGCUGCCCCGUAGUGUUGUCUCAGUCUCAGCAGGACCAGACAGCGGCGUCUUGGCCGGAGUUCAUAGGAGAGGAUGAGUUGUGGGGAUCAGGGCUGUGGAACUUGGAUGUCGUCGGUCUGCAGCAGGGACACGUAGACCACACAACCAACUGUAACAAGAUGGCGAUGCAGAACCAAGCAAAUACGAUCGCUAACAACAGCGGAGCUGGAGUGUUCGCAUGCGCAGGGGAUGCAAAUGGUUUCUGCAACAGCGGAGAUUACUAUAUUUUCUAAGGAAAAUUUAAACGUUGCACAUCUAUGGUUCAAAUGAACCAUUCAAAUCGAAUUAGCCAGCUGGCAUCUGGUUAGUUCUCGGUGAUUUUUAUAAUCAAAAGGACGAUGAAAAUCGUGUAGUUUCAGCAUGUCCAAUAAAAAUUGAAGUCGGUGUGAGUUCGAGAUGUCUCCCAGGGCUUCUCAACCAUGUAUGCUUGCUAUCUGUAUACUCCUACUUACCAUCAAUCCAUCAUAUGGUUUUUAAUCAGUUCUAUUGUU